CAAGUUAUGGUCUGUCUAGAACACUCAAAGUUACCUCAGCCAUCACGAGUAUCUUCUUUCUUCCGCCCAGAACAUCAUUGAUUGAUGCAAUUGUCCGUACCAGAAAUCCCUCCCUCCCUCCUUCUUUCCUCCACGUCGGCUAUUGAACCCCGCAGGUCUCCAGUCCAGUGGAUAAAUCCUCCUGACACCCAUCUCUUCUACUGAAUUCUGGUUUCUUUUCUUCUGCUCAUUUUUCACGGCCACAAUCCUCACCUCUUCCUCCAGUUCCUCCCCCCCUUUUACAUUACACAAAAAUGGCUCCUCCCGCUGUGUUGAUGGUAGGAACGGGCGAGUACACCACCGGCUACGUCGGUGGUGCUGCCUCGACCUCUGACAAGAAAGUCGGUGUCGUGGGUCUGACGCUGUUCGACCUGCGUCGUCGGGGCAAAGUGGGCGAUUUGAGCAUGGUUGGAGUAUCCGGCUCCAAGUUCCCAGGCAUCCGCGACCACCUCCACCGCAACAUCUCGCAAGUCUACAACAACCUGGACACCAGCUUCACCUCGUUCCCGGCGGACCACACGACGGACCCAGAAGCGUACAAGGCGGCCAUCGACGCGCUGCCAGCGGGGUCGGCGAUCACGAUCUUCACGCCGGACCCGACGCACUACCCAAUCGCGCUGUACGCGAUCCAGCGGCGGAUCCACGUGCUGAUCACGAAGCCGGCGACGCAGCUGCUGCGCGACCACCUGGACCUGCUGGCGGAGUCGCGCAAGCACGGGGUGCUGGUGUUCAUCGAACACCACAAGCGGUUCGACCCGGCGUACAGCGACGCGCGGGCCAAGGCGGCGCGCCUGGGCGACUUCAACUACUUCUACAGCUACAUGAGCCAGCCCAAGUCGCAGCUGGAGACCUUCAAGGCCUGGGCCGGCAAGGACUCCGACAUCUCCUACUACCUCAACUCCCACCACAUCGACAUCAACGAGAGCAUGGUCCCGGACUACCAGCCCGUCAAGGUCACCGCCAGCGCCGCCACCGGCACUGCCACCGAGCUGGGCUGCGUCAACCAGACCGAGGACACCAUCACCCUGCUGGUCGAGUGGCGCAAGAAGGACGGCAGCGGCCGCUUGGCCACCGGCGUGUAUACCGCCAGCUGGACGGCGCCGCAGAAGGCCGGCGUCCACUCGAACCAGUACUUCCACUACAUGGGCUCCAAGGGUGAAGUCCGCGUGAACCAAGCCAAGCGUGGCUACGACGUCACCGAAGAUGAGCAGGGAUUGAUCUGGGUGAACCCCUUCUACAUGAAGUACGCCCCGGACGAAGAGGGCAACUUCGGCGGCCAGACCGGCUACGGAUACAUCAGCUUCGAGAAGUUCAUCGAUGCUGUCACCGCCCUCAACGAGGGUCGCGUAACUCUAGACCAAUUGGACGCCAGACCCCUGCCCACACUGCAGAACACCAUCGCCACGACGGCGAUCCUGCACGCCGGUCGCGUCUCCUUGGAUGAGAAGCGGUCGGUCGAGAUCGUCAGUGCCGACGGCCAGUGGGAGUUGAAGUAAAACUUAUAAACCCAUUUUUCCUCUGACGAUGACGAUGAUGAAUGCAGACCAGUGUAUAUAGUGCGCGUGUUUUUGUUAACAUAUGUAAACAUCUUACUCAAGCAC